AUGCACCACGCAGAAGCCACACUGGAACCCCAUGACGCUUUCUGGUCCGAGAUUGCGAUCUCCUCAUUGCAAUGGGACAAGUCUUUCCAUAGGACCCGCCACGGGUCUCUGAAGGCCGGGGACCACGCCUGGUUCCGUGGAGGCAGGCUCAACGCCAGCUACAACUGUAUUGACCGCCAUGCGUUUCAAACCCCGGACAAGGCCGCGAUCCUCGGCGAGGGUGACUUACCCGGAGGCGAGCCCCAUCAGAUCACCUAUGCGGAGCUGCUCAAGAAUGUAUCCCAUCGCGCAUUGGUGCUGAAGAAUAUGGGCGUGCGCAGAGGAGAAAUAGUCACGAUCUACAUGCCUAACAUACCCGAGGCUGUCAGGGCAAUGAUGGCCUGUGCUCGCGUCGCAGCCGUAUGGCCCGGCUACUAUGAGCCCGAGUCCAUGGGUGCAGAGGAUCCACUGUACCUACUGAAUACCUCCAGGUCGACCAGCAAGCCCAAGUAUCUCUUGCACGCCACUGCUGGCUACCUUCUAGGCUGUGCGGUCUCUAGAAAAUAUGCACUGGAUCUGCAUGUCUCGGACACCAUGUUCUGCGCCGGUAACGUAGGCUGGAUCAGCGGACAUAGCUACCUCGUCUACGCCCCGCUGGCCUUAGGUCUUACCACCGUCAUCUUCGAUGGCACGCCUUCCUUCCCAACCUCUGAUCGCUAUCUCGCGCGGACCCAAGUGACUCAUAUUUAUACUGCGCCCACUGCUCUGAGUGAUGAAAAAGGGCAACCCGGCCGCACCCAACCACGACGUUGA